AUGAUUGACGAACAUCACCCAAUGCAUAUUGGCAUGUUUCCAAUGGACAUCAAAUGUCAACAGCAGCAACAUCAACCGAUACGGUAUGGGGCAUCGGUAGCUGGGGCUGUAAGAGGCGCAGAACAUCCGCACCGAACACUCACAGCAACCAAUACAAUGAGUCACAAUCAACUGCUGCUGAAGGGAAACGAGCGCAUGUUAACAACACUAACAACAGCCCCAACACCAGCAUCAACAGUAGCAGCAACAGAACAAGCAGCAGCACCAGCCACCAGCAACAAGCCAACCAGCUCCAACGACAGCAAAAUGGCGUCAGGCAUCCGAAAUGUAAACGGAAGUUGUAACAGCAACAAAGCCAAAGCACAGCAGCAGCAACAGCAACAACAUGAGCAUCCGAUGCCAAUGACGCUGACAAUGACAAGGCAGGGUCCAGACCCAGUUCAACCAAUGCAUAAUCAAACAGGGCAGUUGAGCCGCGUCGCAUUGGGCGAGUGCAACCUCAACGAAAUGGAUGAUUUCUCGUCCUCCCUACCGCCGCUAUCAUCAUCUGCGCCACAUACACCUCAAGCAGGAAUGGGUAUAAUGUGCAAGUCUUUGGAAAUGGGGGUUCGCAUGGGAAUGGGUUUCAACGACUGCACCUACUGCUGCCAGCCAAUUUGUGAUCGGUACAUCAUGCGAGUGGUGGACAACUCGUUUCACGAGGGCUGCCUCAAGUGUUACAUCUGCAACAUCAUCUUAGUGCGCUCAUGUUAUGCUCGGGACGGCAAGCUCUACUGCCGCAUCGACUAUGAAAGACUAUACAUACGCAAUCGCUGUCUCUGCUGCGGCCACCAAAUUGCCGCCGACGAGCUAGUGAUGCGGUCCCAAGAGAGUAUCUUUCAUCUCAAGUGCUUUGCCUGCGUUGUCUGCGGCGCUCUUUUGAAGAAAGGCGAGCAAUACAUAGUGAAACAGGGACAACUCUUCUGUCGCUUUGAUUACGAGAAGGAGGUAGAAAUGUUACAGGGCUAUGACUUCUAUAGCGACGAACUAUUCCCACCAAAGCUGGAUGGACGUCGUGGACCCAAGCGGCCACGUACUAUACUAAACACUCAACAAAGACGCGCCUUCAAGGCAUCUUUUGAAGUGUCACCCAAGCCGUGUCGCAAAGUGCGGGAGAAUUUAGCAAAAGACACAGGGUUAAGUCUUCGGAUAGUUCAGGUUUGGUUUCAAAACCAGCGUGCAAAGGUGAAGAAAAUACAGAAGAAGGUGAAACAGGAUGCGCCUUCGAAGGGAGUGAGUGACUUGCACUCGCAAGACUCACAAGAAUCGCUGGACAGCAGUCUAACAACUAAAAUCAAGGACGAAGCGCACAGUGACUGUGACUCACAAUUGGAGUCACCCUAUUCUGUAACCUCUGAAGGCGCUACACGGCUUCGGUGUAGCAUAAAGGAUGAACAAGACCAGGGCUCCUUAAACUGCAUGGAAACCAACAAGGAGAACUGCAACAAGAACAGUGAGCCUAUCCUUAAUACAAUUUUGGGUCUGAGUUACGCCACUUUUCAGCAGCUGAUGGGCCCCUUUACGCAGACGCCUAUGAUAAAUCCGAUCGAUCGGCUAUACAGCAUGCAGAAUUCAUACUUUCGGCCCGAGGAUGCGAGUGCCUUUAGCGAUUGUGGCGGCAGUGCCAAAGAAUCGAUGGAACACUAG